AUGGGGGCGCUGUCUGUGGCAGACCUGCAGCAGGCGGCGAGAGCAUCAUGGGAAGACAGGUUUAAAGACCAACACCCGGAGUUCUUAAAUGCCAACCUUUGGCAGCGCGAGGCGAUCGAGACGAGGAUCAACGCGCAGGACGGCUUUCUCGUUUUGAUCGGCCUGUUCGUCGUCCUGAUGCUGGAAAACAUGUGGUCGUUCGACCCCAGCACGUUUACUUCGGAGAUGAGGCUCGACGCGUUCUUGGCUCUACUGGUAUUCGGAGCCAGCUGUGGCGUGUUCGCGAUCUUCUCGAUGACUAUGGUUAGGCUCAAGUUGCAACGCUUGAUGGUACGCGACAUCGCCGCACUAAAGGUCCAGCAGGUGACGGGAAGGGCCAAUCGUUUGCUACUGGACGAGCUCUUAGCCCGAUGGGAAGCCUCGUCGGCGCAACGCCAGUUCCAACCGGCCUGUGUUUCGUACGAUUGGUACCAUGGUGGUGGCAUGAACACCAGUAGCUUCCCCACGAAAAUUCUCAGCAAGGACUGGAACCCAAGCUGCCCGCGUUCACUCGUCAAGUACGCGGUUUUGGCCUUCGCAGCCACGGUUUUGUGUUCCAUGGCCGCGCUAGCAGUCAGCCUUGCCGACACUAGCGGCCUUGCGUGGAGCUUGUGCAGCUCUGCUCUUCUCGGGGCUGCAGCGCUGUCACCAAUGGUGUUUGUCAGAGCAAGCACGAACGCGCCCGGUGGAUCCUCACAAGAAAGCCCCUUCCUUGGUUUUUGA